AUGAGCUCUGCCUCUGCAACUAAGCAUAAGAAGCUUCACGUAACUUUGUUCCCAUGGCUUGCUUUUGGUCACAUAAUCCCCUUUCUUGAGGCUGCCAAGCACAUAGCUCGCAGAGGCCACAAGGUUUCCUUCAUUUCCACACCUAGAAACAUCCAACGACUCCCUCUGAUCACUCUCGUCCAAAUCCCUCUCCCCCGCGUGGAAAACCUUCCGGAAAACGCAGAGGCCACCAUGGAUGUCCCGUAUGACGUUAUCCCAUACCUCAAAAUAGCUCAUGAUGGACUCGAAGAAGGUAUUUCUGAGUUCUUACAAGCUCAAACUCCUGAUUGGAUCAUUCACGACUUUGCCCCUCUGACUUCUAAGCUCGGUAUCUCAACUGCCCAUUUCAGUGUUUUCAACGCUUCCUCUUUAUGCUUCUUUGGGUCAACAUCACCGGAUCGAGCGUCUAGAUAUUAUUCUAGAACAAAGCCAGAACAAUUCACUGACCAAGAAAAUUUUAGGCCAUGGAUUCCCUUUCCGUCCAAUAUAUAUUUUAGGCCUUUCGAGGCCAAGAAAAUCUUCGAAGGUGUCAUGAAACAAAACCCUUCUGGCGUGACUGAUGGAUUUCGUUUGGAAUCAACUAUCCAAGGCUGCUAAGUCUACUUCAUUCGAAGUUGUAGAGAUAUCGAAGGUGAGUGGCUAGAUUUGCUUCAAGACCUUCACCAAAAACCAGUGGUGCUUCCCACCGGCUUCUUGCCACCAUCUGUACCAAGAAGUGAUGAAGAAGGAAAAGAUAGUAACUGGACCAAAAUUGCAGAGUCGUUGGACAAACAAGAGAAAGGGAAAGUGAUUUAUGUUGCAUUUGGGAGUGAGCUUAAUCUAAGCCAAGAAGAGUUCAAUGAGUUGGCUCUUGGAUUGGAGCUAUGUGGAUUGCCUUUCUUUUGGGUGCUACGGAUACCUAGUCAUGGGUCUGGCAAUGGUGACUCGGUUAAGCUACCAGACGGGUUUGAGAACCGAACCAAAGAUCGCGGCCUUGUCUGGACUAGUUGGGCUCCUCAGCUCAAAAUUUUGUCGCACGAGUCGAUCGGCGGUUUCUUGACUCAUUGAGGUUGGAGUUCCCUCAUUGAGUCACUCCAAUACGGGCGUCCCCUAAUCAUGCUGCCAUUUAUGUACGAUCAAGGGCUAAUUGCCAGGUCGGGAAACAAGAUCGGAAUUGAAGUGCCUAGAGAAGAAGAGAGUGGAUGGUUUACAAGGAACGAGUUAGCGAACUCGUUGAAGUUGAUCGUGGUCGAUGAGGAGGGGAAGCCAUACAGAGAUGGAGCUGAUGAAUAUAGUAAGUUGAUUAGGGACAACGUACGCCAUGAUAUAUACAUGGACGAAUGCGUGGAGUUUCUGGAAACGCCUGCCCAUCAUGAGGUUUGAAUUCUUGUAGCUGAGUGGAUUGAGUUAGGGAAGGCUUAAUUUACGUACGUGUUCCAGUGCCUUCAGU